AUGAUUGCAACAAUUAUUCGACAAAAUCGCAUCAAUUUUCGUUUUCUCAAGAAUUCUCCAUCAUCUCUCUGCAACUCCCAUGUCGUUUUCUCGCAGUUUCUUCUUCAUUUCUCUACUUCAGUUACGGUUUCUGAAAAUUCGCUGCUUAAACACCGUUCAUCUCCGGCAGCUUCUGUUCGGAACCCUAAAAAACCCGAUCUCGUAAUCUCAUUCCUAAAACAAACCGGCUUUUCUAAAACCCAGGUGGAGAAAUUAGUGAAAACCUAUCCUCAUUUGCACUCCGCCAAUCUCGAAAACACAAUCAAGCCCAAAAUCAAGAUCUUCCAAGACUUCGGCUUUUCCGCAAACGACGCCGUCGCUAUAAUCUCACACGAUCCUUGGAUUCUGAAGCAAAGCCUGAACAAAAAAAUCAUCCCAUCUUUAUCUACUCUGAAGCGUUUGUUGGGAUCCCAUGAACAAGUAGCUAAACUCUUGAAAGAUACGGAGGCUUCUUGA